AUGAUGCCAUAUCAGCACAGCAUUAACGAGGACGGCGCCAUGCGCAUUCUUGCAGAGAUGCUAGACGCACUUGACACUCACGGUCUUGCUCUUUUCUCGGAGUCCGGUCACGGGGCGGCGUGGCCGCUGUCGUCGCCGACGACUUGGUCUUCAGCUCUCGCUGUGCUCGCUACUAGUGCGCCGCUCAACGCCAUGGUCGCUGACACACUACUGGAGCGUGUGAGUGCUGCCUUGUCGGUCGAGAUCGAUGUGUAUCAUUCAGCCGUCCUGUGCUGUAGUGGCCCACUCUCCACCGAGGUAGCGCUUCCGGCGCUUGAGAGACUUGGUGAGGUGUACCGCCAAGUGCAUUCACAUCUGCUGCGCUGGUGCUCGGCACUGCAUACACCAGGGGUUGCUGCGCUCCUUGCUGUCCGUCUUCGCUGCGCGCUGCUGCAGACAGCCUUGGUGACCGGCGAAGAACCGCCAGGAAGGCAGGCGCUCUUUUCGUUCCUCUGGCGGCACGGUCGGUUCGUCUUGGCGAAGCAACGGAAAGCGGCAGGUGAUGGAGAUGAGGAGGACGCGGGCGACUCAGGGUGCGACGGGACUUUGGGAGAAGCAGGUGACGCUAACGAGAGCGCCUCGGCACCUGCAUCCGCCUCGCCGGCGCCGGAUUCUGUGAUGACGUGCCUGCACCGGCUAGCCCUGAACCGGUCGGCAGAAGUGAAACAGUUGUGGAGGUCCGUAUUAGAGGAAGGCAUUCGUGACCGACUGAGUGACCUCUCUGAUGACUUCUCGACUCGUAUUUUGCACAAACACCUGUCAUGGCUGGAGAACUCGGUCGUGCCGUUUGUGCGGAUGGUGUUGCCUGACAGCGACGGGGAGUCGGAUCCGCUGUGUCGCAGCAGCGGCAGCCUCCGCGACGAGACCUCUGCGAAUCGCCGCUGUGAGGACGUGGGAACGACGUCAGAAGGCUGUCAUAUGGUGCCGGGACACGUGCAGGAAGGCGACGCGUGUCCCUCAUCACAGACGAACGAGGCGGUGCGAGCGGAGCGGGAGGCAUGGUGCGCCGACUUGCGACUGCUGCUGCUGCACACCUACGCUCGCAGGCGCCUUGACGGCUUUUGGGACAUCCUCUCGGACUACCCUGACUCCGUUCCAGCUCUCGAGGACAUGCACUACUGCCUGCAGUCGACCCCGGAAAGCGGCCUCAAGACAGAGCUGGUGCAGACUGUGCGCCAUUUGCUCUCUUCGCGCCUCCACCGCGCCGGCACACGCACCGACGACAUUUUGGCCAUUCUCAUUAACACCAUUCACGCCUUCUGCAUAUUGUUUCCACGAAAUGAGCAGAGCAGCGUCGUCUUUUCCGUCACCUCCGACACCCUGGAGCACCUGCGGCGGCGCAAGGACUGUGUGCCAGCGGUGGUGCAGGCGGUGAUGCAGCCCGGUAGUGCCGUGAACGUUGCACCACCACCGCUGACUCAGGCCGCAUCCGACGGCCUUGUCGGCAACCUGGACUUCGACGGCGAUGCAGGCAGUAAAGAAGGGGAGCUGCAUCGCGCGGCUUCUCGAGGCAGACCGGAUGUGGUGCGCGUGCUGCUCACAUCCAUUCCUCGCCGAGCAUUAGUGGACGAGUACCAGCAGAUGCUAGCGGAGCAGCUUCUGCAGAAGCCCAUGCACCAGUUUGAUACAACACCAGAGGAGGAGGUGCUCGAGCGGCUGCGGCACGUGUUCGGCGAGACGGCACUCGAUCGGUGCGCAGUAAUGGUGCGAGACAUGCAGAUGUCCCGGCGUAUCUCGCAGCAGCUGCGCGAGCAGCUGGGUUCUAGCCGCGAGGAUCGCUUGCCCCAGUUGAGACCCACUGCUGCCUCCGCCACUGCUGUGUCUCCCGCUGCAAGCGUCUCGGUUCUGUCUAUGACAGCGUGGCCUCCACUUCCUCGCUGCAGCUCCGCGAACGGCGGCGAUUCUGGUCCUGCUUCGGCGCCACUGAAAUUUUGUCCCCAUCCGGCGCUGCAGGAGGAGAUGGAUGCUCUUGCGGAGGCGUACAAGCGGCUCAAGGACAACCAGCGAAUGACCUGGUUGCCGUCUCUCGGCCGUGUUGAGCUGGAGCUAAAGCAGAAGGACCCGUCUAAGGGGAACGCACUCGUGGCGGUGCCGCAGGUACUUUCUCUAUUCGACGCCUCGUUCGUCUUGCACGUGAAGGAGAUGGCAAGCCGUGGUGGCUUCAGCACGCCGGUGCAUUUAAAGGAGGUGGCGGUCGUCAUGGAGGUACAACUGGAGGAGCUCCGCGCGCAUGCGCAACGACUCUCCCCGGCGGUGCUGAUGUUCCAGCCAGCGACGGACCUGGUCACCAUGCAGCUUGGCGUGGCCGCUUCUGCCGACUUCGUCUUCAUGGAAGACAGAGAAACUGAUGAGGAAUCCGGGAAGCCGGCAGGACUUCCCCCCGAGCGCGUGAAGCUGAUGGAGCGUAUGGUGACGUCGCUGCUCAAGACACGUGGCGCUCAAUCGAGCACAGCGAUUCACAGCAGUCUCAAGUUGCUGGGCAAGUUUGAAGGGUCAAACGCGGACGUGGUGGAGCUGCUGCGGUCGUUUGUGGGCCGAGGAUUGAUUGUGCUCAACGACGCGAGGCAGUACGCCCUUCCGCCCAAGUAA